AUGGAAACAAACACUGAUCCUAUUAUAAAUAUGCCAACUGGUUAUUGCUCAGUUUCUUCCCCAGUUUCCUCCCCAAAGCUUACGCAAAGCACUCAGAAAAUAGGGCGUAGAGUAUCAGGCAAGCCAUGGAAAAGUCCAAAAACAGCUACUCGUCGCUCUCAACUUCCGCGUAGUUUGCGUAAGAGCUGGGACGAUCGUUUAAAAGAACGAGAGGAAAAAGAAGCUACGAAACUUUUAGAACAAAAAUUGAAAGAUGAGGUCGCGUCCGAAAAAAAGCGAAAACGUGAAAUUGCUCUAAAGAAGAAACAGGCUUUAGAAGAAAAGGAGAGACUUGAAAAGUUAGCUGCUCUCAGACUUCAAAAGAAACAAGGAAGAAGCAGCAAAAAAUAA